AUGGUUGCCUUCAGCAAGAUCACCGUUGGCCUCGCCGGCCUGGCCUCUCUCGCCGUGGCUGCUCCAGCCUCGACCAACGGCAAGUUCACCGUGAACCAGGUUGCUCGCCCUGCCACCAAGACCACCAACUUCGCUGCUUCCUACGGCCGUGCUUUGACCAAGUAUGGCGCCGCUGUGCCGGCCCACAUUGCGGCUGCCGCCGUCCAGAGUGGUGCUGCUACCACCACUCCCACUGAGUACGACGAGGAGUACUUGACUCCUGUUACCAUCGGUGGAACUACCCUGAACUUGGACUUUGAUACCGGUUCCGCGGAUCUCUGGGUCUUCUCUACUGAGCUUCCUUCCUCCCAGCGCGCUGGACACUCCGUCUACAACCCCAGCACAAGUGGAACCAAGCUCAGUGGCUACACCUGGUCCAUCUCCUACGGUGAUGGCAGCAACGCCCGUGGUGAUGUCUACCGGGACACCGUCACUGUUGGCGGCGUCAAGGCCACCGGCCAGGCUGUCGAGGCUGCCCAGUCCAUCAGCGCCCAGUUCCAGCAGGAUGUCAACAACGAUGGUCUCCUGGGUCUGGCUUUCAGCAGCAUCAACACCGUGUCUCCUCGCGCUCAGACCACCUUCUUUGACACGGUCAAGAGCUCUCUGGCCAAGCCCCUCUUCGCCGUUGCUCUGAAGCACCAGCAGCCUGGUGUCUACGACUUUGGAUUCAUCGACUCCACCAAGUACAAGGGCUCCCUGACCUACACCAACGUGGACAGCUCCCAGGGUUUCUGGAGCUUCAGCGUCUCCAGCUACAAGGCCGGCAGCCGCACCGGCGCUGGCUUCAGCGGUAUCGCUGACACCGGUACCACCCUGCUGCUCCUCCCCAGCUCCAUUGUCAGCCAGUACUACUCUCAGGUCAGCGGUGCUCAGAACAGCCAGUCGGCUGGUGGAUACAUCUUCCCCUGCUCGACCACGCUGCCCGACUUCAGCGUUGUGAUCAACGGGUACACUGCUGUUGUUCCCGGCUCCUUGAUCAACUACGGUCCUUCCGGUGUCGGCUCCACCUGUCUGGGUGGCAUUCAGUCCAACUCUGGCAUUGGUUUCUCCAUCUUCGGUGACAUCUUCCUGAAGAGCCAGUACGUUGUGUUCGACUCUGCCGGCCCCCGUCUUGGCUUCGCCGCCCAGGCCUAG